CUCCCAAUGAACCGCUUCUGUCAGGGAGCCGGGGAAGGCGAGGGAUAAGUGAAAGCUUUUUGCAGAGUAAGGCUACCACUCUGGCUCAGUGCCUCAGGCGGAUGGUAGGGGUAGGGUACCAGACGCCUUUAGCACUCACAUGGACUUCUACCGAGGGCUCAUCGUAGCCUGGGCGCUCUGCCUUCUGCCAGGAUUCUGCGACACCUUCAACAUCGACACCAAAAGGCCCAAGAUCAUACCGGGCUCCAAAGAAGCGUAUUUCGGCUACACGGUGCAGCAGCAUGACAUCGCUGGGAAGAAAUGGCUGGUGGUGGGAGCUCCCUACGAAACCAACGGGCAGCAGAAGACUGGAGACGUCUACAAGUGCCCAGUGAACGGCGACACCAAAAGCAACUGCACCAAGCUGAACCUAGGAAGAGUCACGCUUUCCAACGUGUCGGAGCGCAAGGAUAACAUGCGCCUUGGCUUGAGCCUGACCACAAACCCCAAGGACAACAGCUUUCUGGCGUGCAGCCCUCUCUGGUCCCACGAGUGUGGAAGCUCUUACUACACCACAGGAAUGUGCUCCAGGGUGAACUCCAACUUCAGAUUCUCCAAGACCGUCGCUCCCGCUCUCCAGAGGUGCCAAACGUACAUGGACAUAAUCAUCGUUCUGGAUGGAUCAAACAGCAUAUAUCCUUGGGUUGAAGUCCAGCAUUUCCUGAUAAACAUCUUGAAAAAGUUCUACAUUGGCCCUGGACAGAUACAAGUGGGCGUUGUCCAGUAUGGAGAAGACGUUGUCCACGAGUUUCACCUAAAUGACUACAGAUCCGUCAAAGACGUGGUGGAAGCCGCUAGCCACAUCGAGCAGCGAGGAGGCACCGAGACCAGGACGGCCUACGGCAUCGAGUUUGCUCGCUCAGAAGCCUUUCAGAAAGGCGGGCGGAAAGGAGCCAAGAAAGUGAUGAUUGUGAUAACCGAUGGCGAGUCCCACGACAGCCCGGACCUGGAGAAGGUGAUCGAGGACAGCGAGCGGGACAACGUCACCAGAUACGCUGUGGCUGUGCUGGGCUAUUACAACAGAAGAGGAAUCAACCCGGAAACGUUUUUGAACGAAAUAAAAUUUAUAGCAAGUGACCCGGAUGACAAGCAUUUCUUUAACGUCACCGAUGAAGCCGCGCUCAAGGAUAUCGUGGAUGCCCUGGGAGAAAGGAUAUUUAGUUUGGAAGGCACCAACAAGAAUGAAAUCUCCUUUGGACUGGAGAUGUCCCAGACUGGGUUUUCAUCACACAUUGUGGAAGACGGGAUUUUGCUGGGGGCCGUGGGAGCCUACGACUGGAACGGCGCAGUGCUAAAGGAAACCAGCAGCGGGAGAAUUAUUCCCCAUCGGGAAUCGUAUCUCCAAGAGUUCCCCGAAGAGCUGAAAAAUCACGGCGCCUACCUUGGUUACACCGUCACCUCUGUGCUUUCGCCGACGCAUGACCGGAUUUAUGUAGCAGGAGCCCCCAGAUUCAACCACACUGGGAAAGUCAUUAUUUUCACCAUGCACAACAACAGAAACCUAACUAUUCACCAGUCCCUGAAAGGAGAGCAGAUCGGCUCCUACUAUGGAAGUGAGAUAAAUUCCGUUGACAUCGACGGUGAUGGCGUCACCGAUAUCUUGUUGGUGGGAGCUCCCAUGUACUUCAGCGAAAACUGGGAGAGGGGGAAGGUUUAUGUCUAUGUUUUAAGACAGGACCGGUUUGUCUCCAGCGGCGCCUUGCAGGACCUGCAGAGUUACCAGAACGCCCGGUUCGGUUCCUGCAUCGCGUCUGUCCCCGACCUGAACCAGGACUCGUACAAUGACAUUGUCGUUGGCGCCCCUUUGGAAGAUGAUCACCAAGGAGCAAUAUACAUCUUCCACGGCUUCAAAGGAGACAUCCUGAGGAAGUAUAAGCAGAAAAUAGCAGCAGCCGACCUUGCUUCUGGCCUGAUGUACUUUGGAUGCAGCAUCCACGGACAGCUGGAUCUGAACGAAGAUGGCCUCACAGACCUGGCUGUCGGCUCUCUCGGGAACGCUGUGCUAUUAUGGUCCCGCAGCGUGGUCCAGAUCAACGCCAGCAUCCGGUUCGAGCCAUCCAAAAUCAACAUCUUCAACAAGGACUGCAAGAGGAAUGGCAAGGACGCCACCUGCAUGUCUGCCUUCAUCUGCUUCACCGCUGUCUUCCUCUCACCUCACUUCCACACCUUUAGCCUGGCAAUAAAAUAUAACGCCACCAUUGAUGAAAGACGGUACACACCGCGGGCUCACCUGGACGAGAACAGCGACAGGCACACGCACAAGAGGGUCACGCUGUUGGCGGGACGGGAGCACUGUGACAAGCUGAACUUCCAUGUGCUGGACACAGCAGACUAUGUGAAGCCGGUGACAUUUUCAGUGGAAUAUGACCUGGAGGAUCCCAGCAAUGGCCCCAUGCUGGAUGACGGCUGGCCAACCUCCCUUAAAGUCUCUGUGCCUUUCUGGAACGGAUGCAAUGAGGAUGAGCACUGCGUCCCUGACCUCUUCCUUGAUGCCAGAACCGAUAUCCCGAGUGCCAUGGAAUACUGCCACCGGGUGCUCCGCAAGUCGCACUCGGACUGCUCCGUCUACACCCUCUCCUUCGACACCUCCAUUUUCAUCAUCGAGAGCACGAGGCGAAGGGUGGCUGUGGAAGCCAUACUGGAGAACAAGGGCGAAAACGCCUACAGCACCGUCCUCAACAUCUCCUUCUCCAAAAACCUCCAGUUUGCCAGCUUGAUUCAGAGGGACGAUGCCGACAUCAAUAUCGAGUGCGUGACGGAGGAGAAGCACCUGAACAAGAAGGUGUGCAAUGUUAGCUACCCCUUCUUCCGAGCCAAGGCAAAGGUGGCUUUUCGCCUGGAUUUUGAAUUCAGCAAGUCUAUUUUCCUUCAAAGCAUGGAGAUUUAUCUGACUGCCAACAGUGACAGCGAAGAAAGAAACACCACCAAAGAGGAUAAUUCUGCCCUCCUGAAUUUCCACCUGAAGUAUGAAGCCGACCUCCUUUUCACCAGGGCGUCGAGUCUGGACUACUACGAAAUCAAGUCGAACAGCUCGCUGGAGAGAUACGACAGCAUCGGCCCUCCUUUUAAUUGCACGUUUAAGUUGCAGAACCUGGGCUUCUUCCCCGUCGAUGAGGUGACCAUUAAAAUUACAGUCCCGGUAGCCACGAGAGGAGGGAAUCGCCUGCUGCUGCUGACCGAUUUCGUCGUGGAUCAGGCAAAUACGACGUGCAACGUCUGGGGGAACAACACCGACUACAGGAGCACGCCCACCGAGGAGGACCUGCUCCGCACCCCACAGCUGAACCACAGUAACUCGGACGUCGUGUCCAUCGACUGCAAUGUGAAACUCACUCCCAAUGAGGACAUCGGCUUUCACUUACGUGGCUACCUGUGGAUGAAGUCACUGAAAGCACUGAAGUUCAAGGCACUGAAGCUCACCACGCACGCCGCCCUGCAGCGCCGCUUCCGCAGCCCCUUCGUCUUCAGGGAAGAGGACCCCAGCCGCCAGAUCACCUUCACGGUCUCCAAGCCGGAGGACUCGCAGAUCCCCAUCUGGAUCAUCGUGGGCAGCACCCUGGGCGGGCUCCUGCUCUUGGCUCUCCUCGUCCUGGCGCUGUGGAAGCUUGGAUUUUUUAAAAGUGGCAGUCCCAAGAGAGACACGGAGCAAGAGCUUGACGCCAAAGUGUUAGAAUGAGGCACCCCUCGCGGGUCGGUAGCGCGCGGCUAGCACCACCGCCCCGUUUCUUUGCAGAGUACGGAGUAUAUGAUCGUCUCGAUGCCGAGGGAUUUGCGUGCGGGACUCCGUCUGCAUCGGGACGAGAACACGCCUCUGUGCGCCGUGACCCGAGCGGUGCAAACUUUUGGGGGGUGGGGGGGGCCGAUGGCCACGGAAGCACGAGCAUGACAAGGUACUUCAAACUGGUUUUCACUCGCUCUUGGCUGUGCCAGCUGGGGAGCGGGACAAGGCAAGGGUGGCAGCGGGGAGCCAUGGCUUCGCAGGGGUGGCGAGGUUAAUGGCAGGCCGUGGCUGUAGGAAAACGGAUGGGGGCAGCGAGGCUGGCAGCAUGACGAGCUGAGGGGGGCACCUUUAGGGCACUGCCUCCCGUGCCCGAGGUGGAUAAAAUCCCGCUGCCUGAGCACGCCUCCUGCCCUAGCAUUUCUUAGCCUGUGUUUUGGGGGAGACGGGCGCCAAGAUCCACGCAGCUUGCUCUCGGCUCCUCGAUCGGCUGCUGGACCGCGAAGGACGAGCCACCCGAUUUAAAAGUGCUCUAAGCUGGCCAUCGGCCAAGCAUCCUCAAUGCAAGGGUCAGUUCAGCACAGCCGCCGUGUAAAUAGCUAUCCGCGCAGAGCUCUGCGCCGCCGGCACAGUUAGCCUGAGGGCAGCCGGCUCAGCACGCUCAAAAGAGAAAACCUCUCCCACAUACCUCAUAUUGAAGGUUGACUUUUGGAUUAGUCCGAACAAAAACCUGGCCCGGCUCUGUGGCUUCUCCGUGUGCAGAACUUAACCAAACAAACCCAAUUUGUCAACUGAGGAAGCAAGAGACCAAAAAAAAAACUCCCCCAAAAAGCUGUCCCAAUUGUGGGUUGAACAGGUAAUGCAUUCAUUGCCUUCCCGCUGGGCAGCGCCGUGUAACGGAGGGUCUGACAGAGCUUCCAGCGCCGCGUCUGGGAGCUGGGUCAGGUCCAUCCGAAGCUACAGGUUCCCUUAGCGGAGGGAUUUAACACAGAGAGUUUAAUUGGCCUUCUAUUUAAUGCACUGACUACGAGUGAUGGCAGACGAAAGCACCUUAAUGCAACUCUUCAGUGUCCGGCUGUAUAUACUUCUUCCAAAAAAUAUUUACUCAUUUAAACAGAAAACAACAACAAAAAAAAAGCAAAAACCAGUUUGAAGUGUUCUCUACAAUCUGUGCCAGUCCAGAGCACAGGCCUCCAGCGGGACGCAGGAAGUGUAGCAUACUUGUACAGGCUGGGUGUCACGCAAAAAGAUGCUUGGGGCUGCCCGACAGACUCGCACCUUUUGCGUAGCAGAAUUAUUUAAGCUAAUAUUAAUUUUAUGAAUGGAACGAAAAAAGCCGUGUCCGCCUGAUGUGUAAUAAAGUCUGUUAAAUAUUGGUUUAGUGUUUGUAAGGAUUAAAAAAUACCAUAUUUUAAAAA